GCCCGCUCCGCCCCCCCCCCCCAUUCCUAGUCAGCUGUUGAGGCCUGAGCCUAGGUUCAUCUGCAGGGCAUCCUGAGCUGCUCUCUUGCUGGGGGCGCAUGGAGGAGCCGAUGGAGAUGCCGCCUGGGGAGGAGAGCAAGGUGAGCCUGGGACCCCCGUCCCCACGGCGGGGUCGGGGUCCUGCAUUCCCCACCCAGGAGGGGCAGUACCCCGCUGUCCCCCAUGGUGCCCUGGGUCGGGCAUCGCCCUGCACCCCACCCUCUUCUCUUCCCCAGCCUUGCUCAGUUUCGGAGGAGCUCGUCACUGACCCCUCCUUGCAGGUUGAGAUCUCAGACGCAGUCAGCGAACGGGACAAGGUGAAAUUCACUGUCCAGACCAAGAGCUCUCUGCCCCACUUCACCCGCCCAGCGCUCUCUGUGGUCCGGCAGCAUGAGGACUUUGUUUGGCUGCACGACACCUUCUCUGAAAAUGAUGAAUACGCUGGCAUAAUUAUCCCCCCUGCACCCUCCAGGCCUGACUUCGAGGCAUCGCGGGAGAAGCUGCAGCGUCUUGGGGAGGGGAACAGCACCCUGACGCGGGAGGAGUUCGCCAAGAUGAAGCAGGAGCUGGAGGGCGAGUACCUGGCCAUCUUCAAAAAGACGGUAGCAAUGCACGAGGUGUUCCUGCAGCGCCUGGCAGCCCAUCCUGUCCUACGCCGGGACCACAACUUCUAUGUCUUCCUGGAAUACGACCAAGAUCUUAGUGUGCGUGGCAAGAACCGCAAGGAGCUGCUGGGUGGCUUCUUCCGGAACAUCGUCAAGUCAGCUGAUGAGGCGCUCAUCACUGGGGUGUCGGGGCUGAAGGAGGUGGACGAGUUCUUUGAGCACGAGCGGACGUUCCUGCUGGAGUACAACACCCGGGUGCGCGACACCUGCCUCAAGGCCGACCGCGUCAUGCGCGCCCACAAGAGCCUGGCAGAGGACUAUAUCCCCAUCUCAGUGGCACUGAGCAGCCUGGGCACACAGGAAGUCUGCCGGCUCCAGAUGAGCUUCCUGAAAUUGGCUGAACUCUUUGAACGGCUGCGGAAGUUGGAGGACCGGGUGGCAUCGGAUGAGGAUCUGAAACUGUCUGACCUGUUCAAGUACUACAUGAGAGACUCACAGGCAGCCAAGGAUCUGCUGUACCGGCGCCUGCGGGCCCUGGCUGAUUAUGAGAAUGCCAACAAGGCACUGGACAGAGCCCGCAUGAGGAACAAGGAGGUGAAGCCCGCUGAGGCCCAUCAGCAGCUGUGCUGUCAGCGCUUUGAACAGCUAUCAGCCUCUGCCAAGCAAGAACUGACUGAUUUCAAGUCACGUCGAAUCUCCGCAUUUCGCAAGAACCUGAUCGAGCUGGCGGAGCUGGAGCUGAAACAUGCCAAGGCCAGUAGCCUGCUGCUGCGGAACACCCUGAUUGUGCUGAAGGGCGACGCCUGACACUGCCACCCAGCCCUGCACCUGGGGAGGGGCCUCUCAGUACCUUGCCCUGGGGCCCCCCCCAGCACUACUGCUGCUCCCUCAUAACCCAGCCCCAUAUAUCCCUGCCCCAACCUUGCUGGCAUUCCAGCCCCUUCCAUACCAGCUCUGCGGGCCCAUCUGACUGUGGGGGCAACCCCCCCCCACACCCAUUAAUUCCCUCCCCCUGGCUUCCCAGAGAUGGCUGCAAGCCAGAGUUCCUUUAGGAGGGGAGCCAGGACUCCUAGGGUCUAUCCUCAGCUCUGGAAGGACAGUGAGGUAUAGUGGGUUAGAGCAGGAGGGCUUGGAGACAGUGAACCCCUUCCCCUCUGUCCCCCACCCUCCACUGCAGAACACCACAUGUGGCAGAGGGCAUGGGGGAUGUUAAGGUGCAUUCAAGUGCAUAAAAGAUUGUUUAAAGGAGGAAGGAGAAAAAAUGUCAUCUUAACCUCUGCGAUAGGACAAGUAGCAAUGGGCUCAAAUUGCAGCAAAAGUGGUGUAGGUUGGACAUUAGGAAAAACCUUCCUGUCAGGGUGGUUAAGCACUACAAUAAAUUACCUAGGGAGGAUUGUGGAAGCUCCAUCAUGGGGGAUUUUUAAGAGCAUGUUAGACAAAGACCUGUCAGGGAUUUUCCUAGAUAAUACUUAGUCCUGCCUUGAGUGCAGGGGACUGGAUUAGAUGACCUCUCAUGGUCCCUUCCAGUCCUUUGACUUGGAGCUGUUCUAGCCCUGCACAAGAAUCCAGGCUAGAUACCAUCUCCCAGCAACCAGAUGCAGGGGGGAGGGGCAGAAUGAGGGGAGGAAGGGGUGUGAGAUGGGGGGAAAGUGUGAAACUGCAGUAGAAAGACAAGCAAUUGCAGCCUGGCAGCUAUCAUUCAGUUCUGUCCAUCCACAGCUCUGUACCCCCCAGCCCCAAACUCCCCCAAUAAAGGCCCAUUUUGUAUCCAUGCAGCCUCAUUGUCAACCCCCUCAGCCAGGGCCCAGCCCCCCACAGCAUCAAGGCUCUCACUCCAGCCCAGCUUCCUCACCUGCUGCUGCUGCGACUUCCCGUUGCUCACCCUGACCCCCACCAGCCCCAGCUCCUGCAUUGCUUGAUCACAGCACCCUGAGCUGAUCACUCCUAGCAGAGAAGCUGUCCUAGCAUCCCCAGCUGGUGUGAACUCCCACAUAGGGCCCUGCUGUGGGGUGGGGGGAGGCUUGGCUUCCCCCAGCAGGGCCAACAGCUGCCCUAAGAGCUCUCCCCUCCCACAUGAGGGAAUACACCCCAGAAGGCAGGGAACCUGUUCAGGCCCCAUCCCCUGCUAAGGCUGUACAUGGUAUGACAGGGACUAGCACUAGGAAAGGAGACCUUCAAACACACCCAGGGAUCCUGGCUCCUGCCCCACCCCAAACUCUCCUGCCUUCUCCCUUGGCUUCCAAGCAUCACUCACCUAUGGUCCAGUUAGACCAUAAGGUGGCUGUUAGCUAGGACUCCUGGGUUCUAGCUCUACCUCAGGGGCUGGUGGAUUAGAGGUCAGCUUUACCCCAUUACACCCCUGGGGAUAAAGCUAGCCUCCUUCCCCCUAAACACACAGGAUGAAGCUGGGGGUGGCUUCUGGGGGCAGCAAGAGAUGGUGAGAGCAGGGAGUGGGCAGCCCUAUUGUCCCAACCCCAAGCAGCUCUCUUAGCAGGUCCAAGGAGCAAAGGGCUGAUCCUAGUUGGGAUUUAUACUCCCUCACCCAGCCCUUAUCCACCCCCCAGGCCAGACUAAUGCAGGACGUCCAUAGGAGACAUACACAGAGGGAGAGCCAGCACCACUGCUCCUUCACAGCCAGCAUGGGACUUUGAACUGCUGCAGGAGGGCUGGGGCACUAGGCCAGGCCUGACUGACCAGUGACAGGUAUGGAGCCAGCCUCCAGAAGGGGGUGGGGAGCAGUCUAGCUGCCUAGAGUAGGAGGGAGGUGGCCAUGGGCACAGACCUGCCCAGGUUCCCUGCACUCCUGGGUGUUUUACAAGAAAAGGCAGAUGCUGUUACUCAUAAGCAGCAGCCACACCCAGCUCCCAUGGCCACCCACACCCAAGGCUCAGCACUGAUUGCAGGCUCCCAGGAGCCAGGACUCCUGGGUACUAGUCCCAGCCCUAAUGUCCUUCUGCCUUGUUUCCCUAGUGGCCUCAAACCUUCCAGAUAAAACCAGGCAGGGCAGUAGCUUGUUAGCAUUCAUCUUUUUUAUUGAAGGUCAUUACAGGUGCUGCUUCCAUAUUAGUAAGUUCCACUGGAAGGAUGUGUCCCAGCCCCCAGUUACUCAAAUUUUGCAAGUUUCUCCACAAUAUUCCAUUUAUACACAGUACUACAGACAAGCACAAAGCCACUAAGUCAUGGAUGCGUUGGCAGCAGGGGGUUGCUUUCCGGGGACACCCCCAGCUCUCCCGGUGGGGCCAGAGAGAAUCGGCAUCUUUCACUGUUUCAAAACACAAAACCCUU